UGUAUACACUAUGGCAUUCUGGGAGAAAUGAUUGACAUAGCGGCCAUUUUCCCGCUGGACGGUUGUUCCCAUUGUGGAUACGAGGAAGAAAAUACUGACACCGCCAGACAAGCUAAACACUUCUCACAUUCUUUUUAACCACUUUUGGUGUAGGUGAUUUAUAGGAGCCAUGGCCCGUACCAAGCAGACAGCCCGUAAAUCUACUGGAGGCAAAGCCCCACGUAAGCAGCUGGCCACCAAAGCUGCCCGCAAGAGUGCCCCUUCUACUGGCGGGGUCAAGAAGCCCCAUCGCUACAGGCCUGGUACUGUGGCCCUGCGUGAGAUCCGUCGUUACCAGAAGUCCACUGAGCUGCUGAUCCGCAAGCUGCCCUUCCAGCGCCUGGUGAGAGAAAUCGCUCAGGACUUCAAGACUGACUUGCGUUUCCAGAGUGCAGCCAUUGGAGCCCUGCAGGAGGCCAGCGAGGCUUACCUGGUUGGUCUGUUUGAGGACACCAACUUGUGCGCCAUCCACGCCAAGCGUGUCACCAUCAUGCCCAAAGACAUCCAGCUGGCCCGUCGUAUCCGUGGGGAGCGUGCUUAGACGCCUACCUGAUUUACCUCUCCUCCCCUCACCAGUCUGCCCUCCCUUUCCUCCCUUCCCUGCCCUCCCUCCCCUUUCCUCCCCCUCCCUUCCUUCCUACCAUCCCUCGCCCUCCCCUCCCUUCCCUCGCCCUCCCCUACCUCCCUUCCCUCGCCCUCUCUUAUGUUGGUAGUGAUAUAGAGAAACAAUGAUUAUGAUAAGAAUAACGUGUAUAGUGGUGUUUUCUUAGUACUCUCGGCAGCAGACUAUUAUGGGUACUCUUUUGUGCAUGUACCUGCUUGUUGCUGGUCAGAUCUCCCACCACCACACCAUCAAAUCAGAUGUUCCAUUGUCAUGAUGCCGUGUGGAGAGAUCAGAUUAAACAGAAGACAGGGAAUCUGACAGGUUGUGGUCACAGGAGGAUGGGGUUAGGUUUUUGUCUGCAGAGGGGAGUACCUCUUUCUCUGCAGGGUGCUAGAACAACUGCCCUAGUCCCUUCCUCCUUCCCCACUCUUCCAGUGAAAUAGAGACUGAGCUGGUAUCUUUCAUGGCAACACAUGAACGAGAGUCCAGCCCCCACCCUCCCCCUUUGUGUGUGAGCGUGUAGAUUCUGAUCAGCACAGCAAAUUGUAUACAAUUCAAAAACAUCUCUAGAGCAAUUGUUUAUUAUUACAAUAUUGAUCAUUAUCAUGGGUAUUAUGUUUAUUUUUUAUGCUUAUGGAGGUGGGGGGGAUUCAAAUAAAAUUUUGUACAGAAAACAAAAUCGAUGUAAGCUAUCGUUUCUACAGGUGUUGAAGCUUGUGAUUUGUUUUGGCUGUCCAAGGGGAUUCUAGAUUGUUCAUUCUCAUUUCAUUGCCUCAUAUGAUUGGCACUAUUUUCCCUUUGUCUUUGAAUUCUCAAAUUUGGCUUCUGCUAUAAAUAAUUGGAGACAGCAUUUUAAGGCUUUUGCAAACAAAUAGUGAAUCCAGUGUUCUUCUUUGUGAUCACUCCUUCUGAGGGGCCUUGUUGUGAGGUUUAUGGAGCUGGUGGUCAAUGCUCUCUUGCAAACCAAAAACAGUCUAAUUGGUAAAGUGAUCAUGUAUGUUAAUGUUAUGUGAGCUGUAAUUGGAAUGGUCACGGAUAUUUAGACCUCCCCCUUCGCUUCUCAGGUUGAUGUGUCACCCUUUUAACUUAAAUCAUUUUCAUUUCUUAAAUUGAAUUUGAAAUGUUGAGAUGUUUAAAUAAAACAAUGUUUGAAAUUUCCAGAUUUCUCAUAUGUGGUAAUAAAUGGAUGUUACACACGUC